AUGGUCAAGCGCCGUGCCGCCGUCAAGGAUGCGACUCUCUCUAAGCGAUCCCAAAGAAGGCAUAAUGAUGCAAUCGGCUCAUCUUCUCUCUGGGUAUCCGUCUGCUCCACGUUUUUGCCGAAUUUGCUCGUGAUCAUCGUGGCCCUCCUCGCGGUUUGGUUCGAGUUCACAACCAGCGCAUUCUACGUGCAAUCUCCGGAGCUGCAGAUUCUACUCAAACGCUCGUUCAUCGUUUGGGUUUGUUUGGCUGUGCGAACGCAACUCACAGAAUUUGUGACUCCACCGCAACUAGCACGUCGACCCCCUUCACUUCGCAAGGAAGCGAUUCGCCACGGCCGAGCUCUAUUCGCUUGUAUCGCUGCUAAUUUGCUGGGAACGACCAUCAUUCGCCCGGUCUUCGGUGCCGCACCGCAGUUCGAAGAUACUGUGAGACUCGUGGUGCCCCUUUACUUCUUCGUUGUGGUCAUAGUCGACGGUCUUCGUGUUCCAAUGCCUUUACUGAAGGCGAUCGUGGGGCUGAGUGUCAGCUGGCUGAAGGCUGUCACAAUCCCCAAGCUGGUCAUGGAGUGGCAGAUGAACACAAGUGCCCACCCGAUCGGAUUUCUUGCGGUUUCCGCUGCCAAUUUGUACGCCAGUGGGACGGUGUUGCGCUACUUGACAAACUACAGUCGGACGAACCGCGUGGUGGAAUUGACUGUGGGCGCGUUUGGAUUCAUCCUGCAGAUUGUCGGAACGAGCGCUGUUAUUGGCCUCGUCGCGCACGUUGCAAACCAUUUCAUUACGAAUAAAGAGCGGAUGAUGGAAGCUCGCGUGCUCUACUUUUGUGUCGCAUGGUUUGCGUUGGAUAAGUACUGGAAGAAGGCGCUAGGAGAUCUGCUAGUUUGGACUCUCACGUCCCCUUCCAAGACGAAGAGUAGCUAG